CGCGAUGGCGUGCAGAUCUGCGGCGUUCACGCAGGGGGGCGUGGAAACGCUUUGCGCCCGUGCAGAGAGAAAGCGGAGGAAACGUCGGAACCAGGAAACGCAGUGAGAAGUGAGAGAACGCGGAGUAAACAGAAGUGAAUCUGGUGUUUUUGGCAGUAAGAUGGCCUCAGAUUCCCCGAUGAUGAACGGGGAUCUGUCUCAUCCAGCUCAGUCUCAGAGCUCUGGCCAGCCACAUGUCGAGGAGACGCUGCAGCAGAUGAACAUCCUCAUCAAGGAGAACCGGGAGCUCAAAGAAGCCCUGAAGCAGACUAACCUGUCGAUGAAGGAGAGGUUUGAGGGUCUAUCUGCUUGGAAAGAGAAGCAGAAGGAGGAGAGAGGGUUCCUGGAGAAGCGACUCGAGGAGGCCAAGCACAGAGUCCAAACUCUGGAAAGCGAGAACGAGCUGCUGAAGAAGCGUGUACAGGAGAUGGAGAAACAGCAUUCAGGUGCCGAGGGUGAAGGUGGUGGUCUGCAGGCCAAGCUGGAGGCGUUAAUGAGUCAAAUCGUGCGUCUGCAGGCUGAGAAAAGUGACCUGGUAGCUCUAAACUCUGAACUGCAGCUGAAGAUGAACCAGGCGUCUCCGGAAGAUUCCUUCAUCGAGAUUCGCAUUGCAGAGGGUGAGAUGAACGUGACCAGAGAUUUGCCUCCUCAGAAAGACCCUUCUGCAUUGAGCAUGAUUAAAUUCGACAUGGCUGGGUCCAGGCUGGAGUCAGAGGAGCAGACAGUGAGUCAGCUCCUACAGUCUCUGAGAAUCGAAACGCAGCAGAAAGAGCAGCUGCAACUCCAAUUCCAGGCUGCACAAAAGAGGAUUGCAGAACUGGAGAUGAAGGAACCCACCAGCGAGAGUGGAACCCAGACGUCUUUGUCCUGUGUGACUGCUACAAAGGAAACGCAGAGCAAGAUCUCGGAGGAGGAAACGGCCAAAUCAGCCUCGGAGGUGGAGACCCUGAAGACACAGUUGAUGAAUUUGUUCAAAGAGCUGCAGCAGGCUCAGAGUAAACUGGACGAGGCGGAGAACAUGAAAAAGAACCUCCAGGACAGGUGUAAGGAGCUGGAGCAGGACCUUGGCACGUUGAAGACUCAGCUCGGCGACAGAGCGCAGCUGCAGGCUGAGAACGACAGACUGAAGGUGCAGCUGGAGAGCAUGCAGUCGGCCAGCAAACUGGAGCAGAAGAAAGUUCAGGAGGAAAGGAACGAUUUGGCCCAGCUGAAGGACGCGUACACCAAGCUGUUUGAGGAUUAUGAAGAACUUCAGCAAGAGAACAAGAAACGUCAGGGGAACGUAUCACGUGAGGAGUACAGUGAGCUUCAAACCAGAAUGGCUGCAGCGGAACAGGCUUUAGCGGACAAGCAGCAAAAGAUCGACAUGAUGAAGCAAGAACUGUGCGAGAAAGACAAAGAACUGGAGACGGUCUCUGUGUUUAAGGCUCAGGCAGAGGUGUAUUCCUCAGACUUCUACGCCGAGCGCGCCGCAAGGGAAAAGAUCCACGAGGAGAAAGAGCGCCUGGCUGCUCAGCUGGAGUUUAUCAAGAAGCAGAACAUCCAGCUACAGGACGACAUGGAGUCGAUGGGAAGGCAGUCUAUGAGCGAGAUGCAGAGGAGACAUGUGGCCCGUGGUGCAAACCCAAACGAUUCCUCACCUCACCACCACCUGCAGGGAGGCAGAGUUGACUGGCAGCAGCAGGUCAACAUUCCCGAGCACGCCUGUCCGAAAUGUGGCGAAGUCCUUCCCGAUCUGGACAGUCUGCAAAUCCACAUCAUGGACUGCAUCAUCUGAGCAGCAAGUCUUCACCUGGGUGAUACGACAAACAGGACAGCGGGAUCUAAGAAGGCAUUCGCUAUACGCUAUAAUCUCUCAUCGAGUUUCAUCCUUUAAUCGCUCUGCAGAUCUCACAACUCACUGUUCUAAUAAACGCAACGGAAGCCGAUUUUAUCGAUUAUAUCCUGUGAUUUGACUUUAAAGCGAUCGCGAUGUUAGCAAAGAUAGACGACUAGCGCGGUCCGGAUUAAAGCCUGGAAACGAAUGUGUACUAUUGAAUAAAGAGUGAAUCUAUAUA